AUGUACGGCACAAAAGGCGCAAUACGCGCCCUGUACUCCAACACACGGCAAUUCUCAACUGCCAGCCGACUUGAAGCAGCUUCAGGCCUCAAGAUCAAUCCCGAAAGAUUAUGGAACACAUUACACGAGACAUGCGAAUGGGGUGCUACCCAUCGUAGAGGCCCUACUGAGACGGGUAUGGCUCGGUUGACUCUCACCGAUGACGAUGCCAAUGUGCGCAAGUGGUUUGCGGCUGAAGUGCAAAAUCUGGGCUGCACUCUUUCCAUUGACCAAAUGGGCAACAUGUUCGCACGUCAGUCAGGUCGGCUGAAUUCUCCUGCUCCAAUGAUCGCGAUGGGAAGCCAUCUGGAUACCCAGCCUCGCGGCGGUCGGUAUGAUGGCAUCCUUGGCGUUAUGGCUGCGUUGGAAGUUCUGCGAACUAUGAAAGAAAGCAAGUUCCAGACUCACUAUGAUGUCGGUAUCGUUAACUGGACCAACGAGGAGGGAGCGCGCUUCCCAAAGUCUAUGUGCUCAUCGGGCGUCUGGGCUGGAUCCAUUCCUAUCCAGAAAGCUUGGGACCUGCGUGAUAUCCACGAUCCUAGCGUCACACUCCGUUCCGAGCUUGAAAGACAUGGAUAUCUUGGGGACCUUGCUUGCUCUAGCAACCCAGCCACCGGAUUUCCACUCGGCGCUCAUUUCGAAUUGCAUAUUGAACAGGGACCAAUUCUGCAAGAGACUGGGCGAUCGAUCGGAGUUGUUCGCGGGGCUCAAGGCUACCGAUGGUUGACUAUGACCGUGCACGGGAAGGACGCUCACACUGGAACGACACCGUUCAGUGUCCGUCAAGACCCGUUGCUUGCAUCCUCUAGAAUGAUUGCUGCUUCGCACGAUAUUGCCAAGAAGCACGAAGCACUGGCUUCCACUGGCAUCAUCAGAGUUCCCUCAAACGCAUCCACUAACACUGUUUCAUCGCAAGUGACAUUCACACUUGAUAUCCGCCAUCCACAGGAUAGCGUAGUGCAUCUCGUGCAGGACGAAUGUCUCAAGGCCUUUGAAGCCAUUGCCUUGCAGGAUGGAAAGGGUGUUUCAUUCGAGUGGACAUUGGAUACUGACUCUCCGGCCGUGAAAUUCGACGACAACUGUGUUGCAUCUAUUCAGGCUGCUGCAGACCACCUGGUUGGCCGAGAGAAGUCCAUGCUUAUGACUAGCGGUGCAGGCCAUGAUACUGUCUACACUAGCAAGCAUUGCCCCUCCGCCAUGAUCUUUGUCCCUUGCAAGGAUGGAGUCAGUCACCACCCGACUGAGUACUGCAGCCCACAAGACUGUGCCAUUGGAACUCAGGCUCUUCUGGAAGCCGUCGUGCAUUACGAUCAAUUUCGAGCAGAGAGUGAAGAACAAAAUUAG